AUGGAGGGUGUUACAGGCAUAGGGUCGUCUCUGUCGUCAGAGAUGGUGGGCUCUGAAUUUAUCCAAUAUGAAGCCUCCACUUUUGAGGAUAUAUGUAACCUUGUCCAAUUUAGUUUUGACUUCUUCAAAGGUUUGGCCAAAGACAACCACAUCAUCUACAUAGGUAUGACAGGUAAGAUUAGGUCCUUGGUCAAGGAAAUUGUUGGAAGAAGUCUUACCCUUGUCGGCGGCAUUGCCUGCUAUGACAACCCUAACAGGGGUUGUUUUACUCUCUGGUCUAGCUACUCCAUGAUGAGGAAGUUCGGUGUAUGGAGUCCCCCUUUUAUCAAGUUCCUCAAGAAAGAGUCCAAGAGCAUCAUGUUGGACGUACAAGGGUGGUGCAAUAUCAUCCUCCUGCUUCUGUUGAUGACACCUGGCUCAAAAUGCAACUUAUUUCAUGAUUACGGGGUUUUCUCUGGCGAUUCCGAAAAGGAGCCGAGUCUUCAAAAGAAUCUUCCUUCUCAAAGGGAUGAGCAUGAACAUUCAGGAAACCUCACAAAUUUGAUUGACAUCCCACUAUCCAUUUCCAUUGGCCCAGUUGAUCCUGAUUGGACAGUUCCAAACAAACCAUACAGACUUCUGGCCAAUGUUGUGGACUUCCUUGCAAAAUUCCCUUCAUCGUUGGCCAGUCAGUGUACCACUGAAUGGCUGAACAGGAAUGAUAGCAGCAACCUCAAUGAUGCAUUGCCAUGUCCUCAGACUGAGGCUCAAGCUCAAGCAGAUUUUAGCUACAUUGGUGUAAAAGGCAUUGCAAUCACCACCCCUGGAGGACAAAAAAUCCAGGUAGACAAGUCAAUGCUUGGAUCCCUUCAAGUCCACCUGAAUGAUACACUGCAGACAGUGGAAAGUGAUUUACAUGUGGACAGUGCAACCAAAGUGAGGAUUCACAGAAAUGGGACAAGCAGUAAUAACAGCACCAAUGAUGAACUGCUAAUUUCCACUCCAAAAAUUGGAGUGAAGAUGUCAGUGAUGGGUGACUCUUUGAUGGUCAAUGUAAUGGUUGACAAGUCCUUGCAGAGAAAUGUCAACACUACAACUCUCAUCAACACAAACACCACCAUGACUAUCCAAACAAACAAUGCUACAACACCUGCACAAGUCAACACCACCACAAUUAUUCCACUGAUCAGUACUACAGUGCCAGCACAAGUCAACACCUCCACAACUAUUCCAUCAGUCAACACCUCCACAACUAUUCCAUCAGUCAACAUCUCCACAAAUAUUCCAUCAGUCAACACCUCCGCAACUACUCCAUCAGUCAACACAACAACACCUGCACAAUUCAACACAACAACACCUGCACAAUUCAACACAACAACACCUGCACAAGUCAACACAACAAUACCUGCACAAAUCAACACUACAACUAUUCUGCAAGUUAACACCACAACAACUAUUCCACAAGUCAAUACUACAAUACCUGCACAAUUAAACACCACCAACUCUACUAUUCCACAACACAGUGACUAUUCCACAAGUCAAUAUUUCAACACCUGCACAAGUCAACACCACCAACUCAACUAUUCCACAAGUCAAUACUACAACACCUCUGCACAAGUCAACAGCACAGUGACUAUUCCACAAGUCAAUAUUUCAACACCUGCACAAGUCAACACCACCAACUCAACUAUUCCACAAGUCAAUACUACAACACCUGCACAAGUCAACAUCACAACAACUAUUCCUGAAGUCAAUACCACAAUACCUGCACAAUUCAACACAACAACACCUGCACAAGUCAACACAACAACACCUGCACAUGUCAACACAACAACACCUGCACAAGUCAACACAACAACACCUGCACAAGUCAACACAACAACACCUGCACAAGUCAACACUACAGCUAUUCCACAAGUUAACAACACAACAACUAAUCUACAAGUCAAUAACACAAUACCUGCACAAGUCAGCACCACAACAACUAUUGCACAAGUCAAUACUACAAUACCUGCACAAUUCAACACCACCAACUCAACUAUUCCACAAGUCAAUACUACAAUACCUGCACAAUUAAACACCACCAACUCAACUAUUCCACAAGUCAAUGCUUCAACACCUGCACAAGUCAACACCACCAACUCAACUAUUCCACAAGUUAAUACUUCAACUCCUGCACAAGUCAACAUCACAACAACUAUUCCUGAAGUCAAUAACACAAUACCUGCACAAGUCAACAGCACAGUGACUAUUCCACAAGUCAAUAUUUCAACACCUGCACAAGUCAACACCACCAACUCAACUAUUCCACAAGUCAAUACUACAACACCUGCACAAGUCAACAUCACAACUAUUCCUGAAGUCAAUACCACAAUACCUGUACAAGUCAGCAACACAACAAAUAUUCCACAAGUCAUUACUACAACACCUGCACAAGUCAAUACUACAACACCUGCACAAGUCAAUACUACAACAGCUAUUCCACAAGUUAACACCACAACUAUUCCCCAAGUCAACACCACAACUAUUCAACAAGUCAACACUACAACUAUUUCACAAGUCAACACUACAACUAUUCCUGGAGUCAACACUACAACUAUUCCACAAGUCAACACUACAACUAUUCCCCGAGUCAACACUACAACUAUUCCACAAGUCAACACUACAACUAUUUCCCAAGUCAACACUACAACUAUUCCCCAAGUCAACACUACAACUAUUCCACAAGUCAACACUACAACUAUUCCCCAAGUCAACACUACAACUAUUCCCCAAGUCAACACUACAACUAUUCCACAAGUCAACACUACAACUCUUCCCCAAGUCAACACUACAACUAUUCCACAAGUCAAUACUACAACACCUACUGUGCAAGUGAACACCACCACAACUGUUCUUCAAGUCAACACCAGCACAACUAUUCCACAAGGGAACACCACCACAGCUGUUCCACAAGUCAACAUCACCACAACUAUUCCAACAGUGAUUACAACAUCAUCAGUCCAAGGCAACAUCAGCACUACUAUUCCACCAGUCAAUGCUACAACACCUGCACAAUUGAACACCACCACAACUACCCAAACUGGAAAUAGUACAGCAUCUGCACAAGUCAGCACUAUCACUAGUGUGCAACCAGCCAAUACAACAUCAUCUGCUGUACAAGUGAACUCCUCUACAACUACCCAAGGAGUUGCCACUAGCAAUGCAACAUCCCAACAAAUCAUCAGCACUACAACCCCCCAACCAAUCAAUAUGACUACAAAUAUCAUUCUGGGUAACACAACUGUAACACUACAAUUCAACACCACAAAUAAUACACAAUCAGGAAGUACUACAAGUACAUCAAUAUCAAAUACUGCCAAUGCCAAAUCAUCUACAAGCCCAAUAACUGUACUAGUCAAUACCACAACAUCCAACAUUGCUGGGAAUGUUUCUACUACGUUGGAUGUGAAUCCCACCACAACAGUUGGAACUUCUACAUCUAUGUCCAGCAUUGAAGGGAAGAUAACAUCCAUCUCCACCUCAACCGCCUCAUUAGCUCCCAGCACAACAUCACAAGCAAGCAGUACCACUCUUCCAGCUCUUACAACCCAAAUUUCUCCAACUUGUACAGUGACUGGAGUGAAGGGAAGAAUCAGCCCAAGAGAAAUCACAGUUUAUGGAUCAGGCCUGUUGUUUAUAUAUGAUGAUAGGACUCUGAAGAGUUCAACUUUCAAUCGCACUACCUGUGUCAUUCAUUACGGACGUUUCGUAAAGGAAGUUACAGGCACACAUUUGGCAUCAUCUGGUAAUGCAUCUUAUUACAUCAUACCUUCAUUGACUGCAGCUGGUCGCCUACCUUUUACUCUCAAGAUAUUUUAUAAUGGCUUGACAUGUGAGCAAUAUGACUUCAAUAUUGAUGUGCUCAGGAGCCCAACAGAGUUUGCAAGCAUUGAAACUACCAAUGUCCAAGGUAAAUUCCAGCUGAAAUGGACACAGGCCUCAUUAACACAGGGAACUGUUUCAAUUGCUUAUCACCUCAGCAAGUCCUUUGACAUUAAGAAUGUACUGCUGGCUUCCAUAACAAAUAAUGGAUCUGUGGAAGUUAGCAACCUGAAGUCGAAACCAGACAUUCCCCUGACACUGUCAAUAACCACAUUGGCACCAUUGAGUGAGUCUUCCUAUCGCACAACAUUAUUUGUCAAGAUAGAAGAGUUCCUGAAAGUUUACCGCAUGAUUUUGACUGGAUUCUGCGAUGAUUCAUGGUUUCAAACUGGGAAAAAUAAAACCAAUGACAUUACUGAUUGCCCACCCAGAGGAUCACAAGCUGACCGGGAUCCAAGAUUCUCACGGAAUGAGGCCAUCCGUAGCAUGUAUUUUCCUGGCAUGACAGCAUGUCACACCUCCCUGUUCCCAUCCCCCAGUGGGGUUGUGCAAAUGUGUUGCUAUUAUGAAAAUAAUCUGGUCUGUGGUUCAGAAGGGGCCCCUCCGUUCGUGUCAAGCACAUCUUCCAAUCCAUGGGAUCACAUCCUGGACGAUUUGUUACCCUUGAAUGCUUGCUACUUUGGUGAUGAUCGCAAGAAGCGCAGAAGAUUCUUGUCCAAGAGACCCUCAUCAUGUGGAAGGGAUUAUGUGAGGAUGGUGGUUGGGAACUCUUUCGGUGAUCCUCAUUUUGCUACUUUGGAUGGACUCCAGACCUACACCUUCAAUGGGCUUGGGGAGUUUCACUUGGCCAAAUCAAAUGACAAUAGCCUGUGCAGUGUUUCAGUUCGCCUGGAGCCAGUGAGUGCAGUCAUCAAAGCCACUGUCAUCACAGCAGUUGGCAUGAGGUGUGGAACUGGACCACGGAUCCACGUGGAGCCCAUCGAUGCCUCGUUCCCAUUGCAAGUCAGAGUGAAUGACCAAGUCGUCACAUUCUCUGGCAAUUCUCAAGCUGUUGAUGCCAAUGUCAUGCUGCUGAUGGACAAUGCAAGCAUCAGCGACUCUGCCGUAAUUAUUGUUGCAAACGACUUGGGGAUCCGGAUUUCCACAAAGCUCUCAGCCAUGCAAACUACAAUCAUAGCUGGACCAAGCACCUACUACAACAAACUGGAUGGCCUCAUUGGGAAGUUUGAUGGGAACUCAAAUAAUGACCUGGUACUUCCCAAUGGAACAUUGCUGUAUGCAAAUUCCGACCUGCGUGAUUUGCAUAACUUUGGCCUCCAAUGGAGAGUGCCAAAAGGUGAUUCACCAUUUUAUUAUACUGGAAGCGUAACUUACGAGAGCCUGAAUAACAACACAUUCACUCCUAUUCUCCAACGUCCAACAGUGAAUGAUACUGUGAAAGAAUGGUGCAAGAAUAACUUGCAAUGUUUGUUUGAUUAUGACGCCACUGGGAAUCUUGAAUUUGCCAAAAACACGUUGUAUCAGGAAGAAACGUUCCUGGCCAGAAGGAAUGAACUGAGUGUGAAAACUGAAAUUUGCCUUGAGCCCCCAGUUCCGCCAAAUGGUUAUGCCACUUACAACACACUAGUAGCUGCAAAUGCAACUGUAACAUUUGGCUGUGAGGAUGGAUACAGUCUCAGAAGCGAUACCACGAUUUCUUGCAAUGCCAGCUCGCAAUGGGUGGGCAUUGUUCCAUCGUGCACCCCAGCAGCCAAUUUAUCCAUAAUUGACCAGAUCCUUGAGAAGAAGAACAACAAGAUGACGAAUAUUUGGUCCUGGAUCCGAGGGGUCUUUGGGGGUUGA